UUCCAGAAACGUGAGUGGAGCUGGCGCCCCCCUUGAUCUGGGGGAGGAGAGACGGGGGAGAAGGUCCGCACUUCCGUCCUCAUGGCUUUCUCCCCAGGAGACCCGGUAUCAGUGGCGAGCAGCGCUCUCUCUGCUCCGCUCCCAGGUUUGGAGCCUGGAAAACUCCACGUUCUGCUUUCUCCUGCUCCUGGCUCCGCCCCACCUCUAGACCUGGCUUCCCUCCCGCCCUACCCGUCCCGGCCGCCCCCUUCCCGCUGCCUCUAGCGAGAGCGUGCGGGGACAUCUCCGCGCCUGCCCUGGGCCCAAGGCAGGGCUGCUAAUAUCAAGAGCCCCUCUCCGGUGGGGCAUGGGCAUCCGCCCCUGGGCUCUCUCCUUAGGUCCCUGAGCGUAGCCAGGAAUUCUCUCCCACCGUAGCCACUCAGCCCUUGGAAGGCCCUGGGUGCAGCGCUCUCCGUGUCCCUACUUUGUAGCAAGACUGGCACCGCACGGGAACCUGGAGCUUGGAGACACCCUUGCGCCUAGCCAGUCGGAGGAGUGGGCGCAGCAGCCAAGUGGAGGCCAGACACGCAGCUUCAAGGGCCCGGAUACGGCGACGGUGCAGCCGGGGCGCAGCUCGGGCGCCCAGCUCCAGCGCCGGAGGAAGUCCCUCUCGCGGCGCGGGGAGCGCGACGGACGCGCCCUGGGCGCACGCCCAGGAGGCCUCCUCCCCAGCCCUCGGGACCGUCCUCAGGGCGCGAGGAGGAGCUUGCUGGAGACUUCGAGGCUGUCCAGAGCCAGUGAGCAGGAGCGCGGCAUCUCCUGCCUCGGCUGGGAAGGGGGAGUGGCGCUGGCGGGUUAGAGCUGGGAACUGAGCGAACGCCUGACCUUCCUUCUCUUCCUUACCCCCUUCGCGACUUGGGCUCCGAGGGAAGGUUCUAGCGGCCACAGUAGGCCCCCCGAUCCCUUUUCCUAGAAGGCUGGUGAUGGAUCUCCUGCUUCUGCCCCCGCGAGGGUACUUGGAGCGCGCUGGUGGCGCGUGAGCCGGGCACUGCCCUCCACCGCCCUCGGCGAGCCUCGGGCUGGCCCCGCCUGGCAGCCUCGCCCGAGCCCCCUUUCUUUCCGGGCCCCAAGUCGCCAGCGUUCCGAGAGCGGGAGGAGGUUGGCCCUCGGGCACAGCCUCGACGAGAUGUCCGCGCAGAGCCUGCUCCACAGUGUCUUCUCCUGCUCUUCACCGGCCUCGGGCGGCGCGGCCUCUGCCAAGGGCUUUUCCAAGAGGAAGCUGCGCCAGACCCGCAGCCUGGACCCAGCCCUGAUCGGCGGCUGCGGGGGCGAGGCGGGCGCGGAGGGUGGCUCGCGGGGGGCCACUGCGGGCCGCGUCUGCUCCCCGCUGCCUCCCGCCGAGGGUCUCAGUCCCCGAUCAGCGUCCUCUCCCCGGGGCCCACCCCCCCGGGCCAACCGACUCCCGCCCCCUAGACCCCUCUGCUCAUCCUUCUCCACGCCCAGUACCCCGCAGGAAAAGUCGCCGUCUGGCAGCUUCCACUUUGACUAUGAGGUCCCCCUGGGUCGCAGCGGCCUCAAGAAGAGCAUGGCCUGGGACUUGCCUUGGGUCCUGUCUGGGCCGGGCGGUGGCCGCAGCGCCAUCCUCUGCUCCUCCGGGGGAGGCCCCAACGGCAUCUUCGCUUCUCCCAGGAGGUGGCUCCAGCAGAGAAAGUUCCAGUCCCCACCCAACAGCCACGGCCACCCUUACGUCGUGUGGAAGUCCGAGUUAUAUCUCAACAGAUUGGGGAAAAAAGAGUGCUGAAGGAUUAGCUGGAUGAUAACACUGCUUACUGGAAGAACAACAAUAAAAUUGCAUCUCUAUGGAUAUGGAGUUAUGGUAGAACUGUCCUCUGUGAGAACUCUUCUUUCCCCUCAUCUCAGGGGAUGGGUCCCAACAAACAUUUGUAGUAUGUGUAGUGAUAGCUAAUUGGAUCACAAGUGGACACAUGACCCAAGAUGGCCAAUCUAGUUUUCUCUUCUGGAAUUUAGAAUUGGGAUUGGGAGACCUUAGUCAGUUUGGGUGUCUACAAUGUGCCAGAAGCUAAAAGUUGAGUGCACAGUGUUGAAUAAGAGAGAAGUUACUGUUCCCAUAAAGCUUGCAUUUUGGCAAGCAGUUAUGUUCAGCCAUGUGCAAAUGAACAGUCGCGUGGAAUUAUGAUGAUUUUUACUUCCUCCCAAGGCAAGCUGUACAUGUGGCCCUUCUAGUUCUGUGAGAUUGAGACACUACAGUAUCUUUUCAAUGAUUGUAUUUGGAGGAUUAAGCUAGUUUAGAGUGAAUUUUUAUUACUUGCAACCAAAAGAGUGUGUAUAUCUCUAUAUGUGAAAUGUUUUUGAUUACUUAUUUGUAUACUGAUUGAUAAGCCUUCUUCUUUCUCAAAAGGGAGUAAGUUCUUUGAGGGUAUGGGCCUUGUCUGUUUUUAGUAUUUUUCUGUCCCUCGGGCUUGGCACCAUGUUUGGCACAUACAGGCGCUCAGUUGUUGCAUGUUAUUUAGUGCCCAUAAGCACUCAGUGGUGUGGAAUGAGUCUUAGGUGGAAAUUGGGGGGCAGGGAGUGAAAUGAGAUGUUGUAAAGAGAGAAUUUAAGGCUUGUUGGUUUGAAUUGAGGAAAGUCAUUGUGCACUUCUUUUUGGAAGGUUUUGUUGCAAGGUUUUUCCUUAGUUUCUGGGUGAGUGUUAGGCAAGUACAUAUAAAUGAUUAGAUCCUCGCUAGGUCCUAAAUGAUUCCUUUGGAAAGAUAAGCUUUAGCAACUACAUCUUUCACCCUAAGGAGAAUAAUCCUAUUUAUUGCUCAUCAUGUACUAUGUGAGGAGUAAAGAUUGCUGGAUAACUUUUUCCAAUUGUUAUGUUCAGAAAUGUAUUUACACUCUAUUUCAGCAGGUACAUUAUGCCCUGGCUUUUUGCUGUUUCUCUUAAAGGUGCAAUUUUGUUCCCUUGUAAAGGUCUUCUAUUCCCUUAUAAAGUAUCUUCUUUUAUGGGUUCUUAUUAAUUGUGCCCUUUAUUUGCUUGAAAAGUUGUGUUUUAGGGCCCUGGCUCUAGGGAUCUUCCUUAGGCUGUGAUGGAUUAUAUGAAAACAAUCGGAUGGAAAAUAAUACAUAUUUAGAGUUAAAAUGCAAAAAACUUGUACACAAAUCUUCAUAGCAUUAUUCAUAAUCGCCAAAUAACGGAAGCAACCCAAAUAUCCACUGACUGAUAAAUGGGUAAAUAAAAUGUGGUACAUCCAUGAAAUGGAAUAUUCUGUGGCAAUAAAAAUCAAUGAAGUAGUAAUAGAUGCUACAACAUGAAUGAACCUUGAAAACAUUAUGCUAAGUGAAAGAAGCCAGUCACAAAAGACUACAUGUUGCAUAAUAUGGUUGCCUUUCUAUGAAAUGUCCAGAAUAUGCAAAUCCAUAGAGAUGGAAAGUAGAUUAGUGGUUCCCAGGGGCUGGGGAGAGGUGGAUUGGGGGGAAUGACGUGUGACUGCUAAUGGGUAUGGGGUCUCUUUCUGGGUUGAUGAAAUGUUCUAAAAUUGAGUGUGGUGAUGGUGGCACAACUCUGAAUAUACUAGAAACCACUGAAUUAUAUAGUUUAAAUGGGUGAAUUAUAUCGUAUGUGAAUUAUACCUCAAUAAAGCUGUUAAAAAA